UGAACCUACACAGCAGCACUUAAGCUGUCCCUGUAGGCUGGCACUUUUCGUUGUUUUUGUUAGUUAUAAUUAUUAUGCCUUUUCUUUCCUUAUUGGACUUUUUGAAAGUGAUGAUUGUGCUAUAUUUAUCUUUCAUUUGAUUACUGCAGUGUUUUUGGUGUUUUUGGUUUUUGGGGGGUUUUUUGAGACAGAGUCUCACUCUGUUGCCCAUGCUGGAGUGCAGUGGCACAAUCUCAGCUCACUGCAACCUCCACCAACUGGUUCAAGUGAUCCUCCUGCCUCACCCUCCGAAGUAGCUAGGAUUACCAGGUGCCACCAUGCCUGGCUAAUUUUUCUAUUUUUAGUAGAGACAGGGUCUCACCAUGUUGGCCAGGCUAGUCUUGAGCUCCUCAACUCAAGUGAUCCACCCACCUCAGCUUCCCAAAGUGCUAGGAGUAGAGGCCUGAGCCACCACACCCAGCUGAUUACUGCAGUGUUUUUCAAACAGGAUGUAUUCUUGGAGUCUGUGUUUUAGAGAAUCUCAUACUUUUGGUGGCCACUUCUGUACUGAUUUUUAGAGUAAUUUAAGCAUCAUUUGGACUAUCUGAAUAACCGUCUUAAACCUGAAACCUGCCAACUGGUCCAGUGCCCACAUUUGUUUGCGUUUAUCACUUUUUGGCACCAAGACAGAACCAGCUGUAAUACGUGUGUUGGGUACGCAACAGGUGGAGACCAAAUGACCUGCUGUGUUUGAACAAAGGUUUUUUUCUUUUAGUGAGUCAAAUAAAGAAAUGUGGUAACAGAAUUGAAUUUUCCCCAUAUCAUUAAAUAGUGUGCAUGCCAGACUCAAAGGAACCUGUGCAGUCAUAGGCCGGAGAACCCUGUUUAUCUGCUAUUUAGCUUGGCAAAAUUUGGAUCUCAUUUGUUUUCAGUUUUGUUUGUAUUUAAUUUGUAUUCAUUUUUCCAUGUAAUAUUGUUUGGUUUUUAUGACUGUGUAAGAGUUUUAAGAUAAAGUUCAUGGACCUGGGAUGGUGGCUCACACCUGGACUUUGGGAGACCAAGGUGAGAGGACCAUUUGAGUCCAGGAGUUCAAGACUGCACUGAGCUAUCAUCAUGCUAUGCCCUCCAGCCUGGGCAGCAUAACGAGACUCCAUAUCAAAAAACAUAGACUUUAUGCUUAGUUCUGUUUGCAUGUACUUAAGAGACAGAAUACAGUAAUUUAAAUCAGUCCUAGGGGUGGCAGAGAUGUAGGAUGAGCAAGUCAAGAGAUUUAAUGUGCAACCUGAGGACUACAGGUAACAAAACUGGAUCGUAGACAGGAUUCAUGCUGGAUGAGAUUUUAGCUGCUUUUGCCACAAAACCAAAAAAAAGUGGGUAACUAAUGUUAGAUGAUGGAUGUGUUUGUUUUACUCUAAUAACCUUCUUAAUAUCUAUAUGCAUCCCAUAACAUCAUGCUAUGUACCUUAAAUAUUCACAAUAAAAUUCCUUUUUAAAAAAAUUAGGCCAGGUGCAGUGGCUUACACCUGUAAUCCCAAAACUUUGGGAGGCCAAGGUGGGUGGAUCACCAAAGGUUAAGAGUUUGAGACCAGUCUGGCAAACGUGGCAAAACUCCAUAUGUACUGAAAAUACAAAAUUAGCCAGGUGUGGUGGCACAUGCCUCUAAUUCCAGCUACUCGGGAGGCUGAGGCAGGAGUAUCACUCGAACCCAGGAGGUGGAGCUUGCAGUGAGACAAGAUCCACCAUUGCACUCCAGCCUGGGCAGCAAGAGCAAAACUACAUCUCAAAGAAAAAAAAAAAAAAUCAGUCCUAGGGGUCUGCAAGAAUGACUUUCUUUUAAAAAAAAAAACAUGUGGCUGAGUCUGGUGACUCAUACCUGUAAACCCAUGACUUUGAGAGGCCAAGGCAAACAAAUGGCUUGAGCCCAGCAAUUUGAGACCAUCCCAAGAAACACAGCAAGACUCUACACACACACACACACACACACACACACACACACACACAAUUAGCUGGGCAUGGUGGUGCGCUCCUGUAGUCCCGGCUGCUCGGGAGGCUGAGGUGGGAGGAUUGAUCACUUGAGCCUCGGAGGUCGAGGCUGCAGUGAGCUGAUAUCAUGCCACUGUACUCCAGCCUGGGCAACAGAAUAAGACCCUGUCUCAAAAAAGAAAAAGCUAUACUUAUUCAUUUUUAGCGACACUGACUUAGAUAUUAGAUAUUCAUCAUCCUCUACCCCACGCAGCUUAGACUCAGCUUUAUAAUCCAUCUCUAUUUGCUACAGGCAUGUAUGGUAGGUAGACACAGAUGGUGGGGCCCCAGAUACAAAGGCUCAUUGCUUUAUUGAUCUCUGCUAUUUGUUUUCAGCUUGUAGGAUAGGAACUGCACCUGGGUCCUCAAAACAAAACCUUUUGUAUCCUUGGUAAAUUGUUCCCAAUUCAUAAAAGAAUAAUACUAAGACAAGGCCAGUAAUAUAUAUAUAUAUUUAAAGGACCAGGCAGCUGCUGAACCUACACACUUUUUCUUGCUACAAUUCAGAGAAAAUGUUCUUCAAAGGAAGAAGCUGGCUUUGGUUAUAUGUGAGAACAAGUAUCAUUCUAGGAAGUAAGCUAAACAGCCCAGAGCGACGUGGGCAAAAUAAUUGUUAUCAGCUUAACAGCUUUCACUGCAGCUUUGAGGAAGCAGAGCACUACUGCCAUGCCCAGGGAGGAUUCCUAGCUCAUAUUAGGAACCAGGAAGUUACAGAUGGUAGCUGGGACUUUCUGGAAGAAGGAAAGAAGUGGUGGAUUGGGCAAAAGGUAAUGCCACUGAAAAAACAUCAAGACGAAAAAUACCCAGCAGACAUUGCUGCCCACGGGGACGCAAAGCCUCCCAGCUGCACCUACCUGUCCAGAAACUUCAGUCGGAUCUCAUUCAAAGGGGACAAGUGCUCACUGGGACACUAUUUCAUAUGCCAGACUGAUGCCUUUUUGGACAGAGAUGCCCGUUAUGAAAGAAAUGGAAAUAAUUCUCAUUUGCCGUGGAGACCCAAGAAGACAAAAAGAGAAGUUGAAAUACCAAGAAACAGAAUGCCCCCAGGAGCUGCUCAUCUUUCAACCACAUGUCACCAUCCUCCUCAUGCUCAUCUUUCCAAGAUGCUGUGUCAUCCCAUCAGCCCCUUCUCUUCAGUACUACCAAAAAUCACAACACAGGUAACACCAGUGACAUCUGAACCCAGCAGCCAGCCUCUCCCUGCGAGAACAGAGCCCACCAGUCCUGUGUCUGUCACACAUGCUGGUCAGUCUCAGACGGAAAUGGCUUCAAGCCCAGAGGAAGAUGCUCAUCCACAUAGCUUCACCUCUCAUCCCCCAGCAUCACUGCAGAAUGCAUCUGGUCAGGUCAUAGAUGAAACAGUAGGAAACUUCAGCAGAGCAAUUCAUGGUUUACAAGCUCAUAACAAACUGCAGGAAGCUUGUGAGGUACUCCAGACACUAACCGCCUUGACCCCGAGAUUUUCGAAGCCAGCUCAGGUUCAUCUCAUCAAUUCCCUUAUUUACCUGAGUGAACAGUUACUGAGGAUCCCAUUUCAGAACAAUAGCAGUCUGGGCUUCAAAGUUCCUGCGACUCUCUGCCUCUUUCAUUCUUUCAACAAUGUCAUCAAAGCUGGAGAAGGAAGUUGGCAGGGAUCCAAGCAUGACCCUGAGCAGGUAGAAGACAUGCUGGAAAUGUCCUUGGUGGCGCUUGGGAAUAUCGGGGAAGCACUUCUAGAGCAGAAGCAGCCUCCCGAGUCUUCUGUGACUUUGACCUCUUCCAUUGCUUCUCUGCUGCUGAGCAGACAAAACCUAUCAACUUUACCUCUGAGUUCUUACACGCUGGGUCACCCGGCCCCUGUGAGACUAGGCUUUCCAUCGGCUUCAGCUUUGAUGGAGCUCUUGAAUAAACACCCUGGAGUUAAUGUCCAAGUAACAGGACUAGCUUUCAAUCCCUUCAAGGAUUUAGACAACAGAAACGUUGUUGGAAGCAUUGGAAGUGUGUUACUAAGUGCUAAUCAUAAAGUGCUCCAAGUUCAUGAUCUAAUGGAGGACAUUGAGAUCAUGCUCUGGAGAAAUGUUAGCCUGGAAACCCAUCCCACCAGCGUCAACAUGAGCACAGAUCAGUUUACAAUCACAGUGAACAUCACGUCCUUGGAGAAAUCCCUGAUAGUGAGCAUAGAUCCUGACAGUCCCCUUUUAAUGACGCUCUACCUGGGGUUCCAGUAUCAGCCUAACUGCACUCACUUCCACCUGAACAUCACUCUUCCAAAGGAUAACGUGUGGCAAAAAGACGAGGAGUACACGUGGGUGCUGACUCCAGAGCGUCUACAGCACGGGAUUGGCACCUACUAUGUAACAGCUGUGCUGAGUGAGAGCCAGGAGGGUGCUCAGCAGAUGCCCAGCUUGGUUUCGGUCAUCACAGCCGUCACUCAGUGUUAUUACUGGGACAGCCACAACCGGACAUGGAGCAGCAAUGGAUGCCAAGUUGGGCCACAGAGCACAAUUCUGAGGACACAGUGUCUCUGUAACCACCUGACCUUCUUUGCCAGCGACUUCCUUGUCGUGCCCAGGACUGUGAAUGUUGAAGACACUAUCAUACUCUUCCUUCGCGUGACCAGCAAUCCUGUUGGGGUGUCGCUGCUGGCCAGCCUUUUAGGAUUCUACGUGAUCACAGUUGUGUGGGCCUGGAGAAAGGAUCAAGCAGAUAUGCAGAAGGUGAAGGUUACCGUCCUGGCUGAUAAUGACCCCAGCGCUCAGUUUCACUACCUCAUUCAGGUCUACACCGGAUAUAGAAGAAGAGCUGCUACAACAGCUAAGGUUGUCAUCACCCUCUAUGGAUCAGAGGGACGGAGUGAACCCCAUCACCUUUGUGACCCCCAGAAGAGAGUCUUUGAACGAGGGGGCCUGGAUGUCUUCCUUCUCACCACUCAUUCCUCUCUAGGGGAACUGCACAGCCUUCGGCUCUGGCAUGACAAUUCUGGCCUCAGUCCUUCCUGGUAUGUCACCCAAGUAAUUGUCUGUGACAUGGCAGUUAAGAGGAAAUGGCAUUUCCUGUGCAAUUGCUGGCUGGCUGUGGACCUCGGAGACUGUGAGCUUGACCGGGUCUUCAUACCAGUUUCAAAGAGAGAGCUCUUUUCCUUUAGACAUCUGUUUUCCUCUAUGAUUGUAGAAAAGUUCACCCAGGAAUAUCUGUGGCUUUCAGUUGCAACUCGGCAUCCCUGGAACCUGUUUACAAGAGUCCAGCGGCUGUCUUGCUGCCUGACACUGCUCCUCUGCAACAUGGUCAUCAGCAUUAUGUUCUGGAAGAUAAAUGGCACCACUGGCAAGAGAGAUGAGCAAAUGGGUACAUUUGCUGUAGCCUGGUCUGAACUGCUCAUCAGCAUCCACACUGCUGUCAUCCUCUUCCCAAUCAAUCUUGUCAUUGGGCGGCUCUUCCCGCUGAUUCAGCCACAGGAGACUGUGCCCCUCUUUCCUCCCGUCCAGGUCUCCUGCCUCUUAGAUGCUUCUGUUGAGCCUCUCUCUGUCACAAUGGUAGUUGAGGAAUUAAGGGAAACUGUGCGAUUCCUGCUCAGGAGACAUACAUACCUACUCUCAGAGUGUGAACAACCAUCAUGGAAUUCUUGCAACAUUACUAAGCUGGUGGAACUUUUAUCCAGCCUCCUGUCUUCUCACUUGGAGGGUCAAGGCGGUCAUCAGCAGGCAGAGCGCCACCGGGCAUGUGUUGUUCCUGAAAACCACCAUCAUUUCUGCUGUUACCUGUGUCGAGUUCUACAGAGGCUAAAAUCUCACUUGGGCACUCUGGGUCUCACCCAGGGUCACCAGACUUGUGACCUCCUAGCUGCAGCCAGCCAUCUUCAAAAACUCCAGGAACUCUUGGAAACACACAUGCUUCCUACGGAGCAAGAGUCGUUCAGGGAAGUCACCAGUUUCGCCAUCCUGAGCUCAGAAAAAGGAAAAAGGCCCCUCUCUAACGGCCUGUCCAAAUGGUUGAGUUUGUUCUGCUGGUUCCUCCUGGGUCUCACUAGCCUGGCUUCAGCCUUCUUUACAGCACUUUAUAGCUUGGAAUUGAACAAAGACCAAGCCACCAGCUGGAUGAUUUCAGUUAUUUUAUCAGUGCUUCAAAAUGUCCUCAUCAGCCAGCCAGUAAAGGUGGUCGUCUUCACAUUCUUUCACUCUGUGAUGAUGAGCAGGGUGCCACGGCUUCACAAGGAGGAGGAACAACAAACCAGGAGGAUCUUGGCACUCUUGGCAAAAUGUUAUUCAUCAGUACCAGGCUCAAGAGAUAAGAACAACCCCGUCUAUGUAGCCCCAACUAUGAAUAGUCCAACUAAGCGCCCAGAAAGAACCUUGGAAAAGAAGAAACUCUUCAAGCUGACUGGAGAUAUUUUGGUACAAAUCUUCUUCCUUACCCUGUUGAUGACUACAAUCUACUCUGCAAAGAACUCCAAUAGAUUUUACCUCCACCGAGCUAUCCAGAGGACCUUUGCUCACCGUUUCUCAGAAAUCAAGCUUCUUCAGGAUUUCUAUCCCUGGGCCAAUCACAUCCUCCUUCCUAACCUGUAUGGGGAUUACAGAGGUAAGAAUGCAGUCCUGGAGCUCAGUCAUUGCAAAUGUGGGAUACAAUUAAUUUUCCAAAUACCCGCUACCAAGACCCAUGAGAAAGAGGAAGGUCAGCUGGCUUUUAUUGACGGCCGUACCUGUGGGUGUCCCAAGGGUCUGUUCCCUGAACCUCAGCUAAGCAGGUUCAGUUAUAUCUGUUCACCCAGGCCUAUGGGGCUGAUUUCCACUGAUGAGUUUCACAAAAAGCACAAGAAUGAGAAUGGUUUCAGUGACAUCAUGAGAAGGAUCUGGAGCGCUUUCUUCACCUCUGUGAGACUGGAAAGCUUCACUUCCCUCCAGAUGUCAAAGAAGGGCUUUGUCUGGUCGGUCAUCUCACAAGUCAUCUAUUAUCUACUGAUCUGUUACUAUGCCUUCAUACAGGGUUGUCGGCUAAAACGGCAGAAGUGGAGGUUCUUCACCAGGAAAAGAAACAUUCUGGACACAAGUAUAAUCCUCAUUAGCUUCAUCAUCCUGGGGCUUGACAUGAAGAGUAUUUCUCUACAUAAGAAAAACAUGGCACGAUACCACCAUGACCGGGACAGGUUCAUCAGCUUCUAUGAGGCAGUAAAAGUGAACUCUGCUGCAACCCAUCUCGUGGGCUUCCUGGUUCUGCUGGCAACUGUUCAGUUAUGGAACUUGCUGCGUCACAGCCCCAGGCUGUGGGUCAUCAGCAGGACACUGAGCCGAGCCUGGGACGAGGUGUUGGGCUUUCUGCUGAUCAUCCUGAUCCUGCUGACAGGCUAUGCCAUUGCCUUUAACCUGCUGUUUGGAUGCAACGUCUCUGACUACCAGACGUUUUUCAGCUCAGCUGUGACCAUUGUUGGUCUCCUGACGGGAAUUUCUCACCAAGAGGAGGUUAUCGCUUUAGACCCAGUCCUGGGCACCUUUCUGAUCCUCACCAGUGUCAUCUUGAUGGUACUUGUGGUAAUUAAUCUUUUUGUUUCUGCCAUUCUAAUGGCCUUUGGAAAAGAAAGAAAGUCACUUAAGAGACAAGUUGCACUAAUAGAUAUGCUGCUACAGAAGCUCUCAAGUUUGCUAGGAAUCCGUCAGCCCCAAAAAACGUCAUCUGAGCAAGCAGCUACGACAUCAAUGGGCAUUGACACUGAAGUUUUAGAAGAUGAACUACCUUAAUCCUGUUUUCUCCUACGUGGCUUAGUAUUUCUUAGCAUAUUACUACUUAUCUUCGCAUGGCAUGACUUUACAGUAAUAUACUUUGUUUUUAAUUCUGUAAGUUAGUGAGACAUUGGAAUUCCCUUGGUCCCAAGUUCUUACAGAUCUUGGCACUGUCAAGAUAGGAUUAACACCACAAGAAUACUACCAGACAAACCAGCUCGGCUGUCAAGCACCAAGUAACAGAACACUCACCACCCAUGGCCCAAGAUGGCUUGGGAAACAGAGGAGUCGGAAGUGAGCUCACUGCAACUUACUAAAAAUAAAUAUACGAGGAUGAGGCAUGGCAGAUGCAGAGCCCUGCCACUAAGGAGGACCAAAUUCACAGAUGCUAUCUGGGCUAUCAUCUAAAUACAGAGAUCAAAAUGAG